AUGUCACAGCCUAAGAUCCGCCGACACAACGUUAAGACCGAUAAAUUACACUUUUUCGCUCAAAAGAAGGUAGCUACCCUGGCUCUACAAACAGCCGAAAUAGGCCUUCAAGAUGGCGCCGGGCACUCCGAGGAAAGCAGCCCGAGGUUGGAAGUGGAACAGCCGUCUGAGAGAGAGCCACUCACCACAGUGUUUCUCCAGCAGGCUCUGGAUCUCCAAUCCCAAAAGUUAAUCUCCAUUUGGCAAACCAGCGAGGCGGAAUUAAAGCGCGACCUUUAUGAGUUGGGCACCCACACAGC